AUGAACCUCAGCAGCUGCAAUAUUACAGCCUAUGAAAGUUUUUCACUUGUCCAGCUGUGUCUUUACGUCCCAGUUUUGGUUUUGGGUAUUUUGCUGAAUGUGUUGGCGCUGUGGGUAUUCUGCAGCAAACUUGCUGAAUGGACAGAAACCAGAGUAUACAUGGUCAACUUGGCUGUGGCUGACUGCUUGCUGCUCUUCACCUUGCCUUUUAAAACUUUAUCCCAGUUCCAGAAAAUGAAGGUAGAUGGAUGGUGCCUGGUCCUGGAAGGUGGCUAUUUCAUAAACCGCUUGAUGAGCAUUGGUAUCAUCACGAUUGUAGCAGGUGAUAGGUACUUUGCAAUCAAGUACCCUUUGAAAGCCAAGGCAUUGAGGUCACCCUUGAAGGCAGCUUUUAUCUCUGUAUUUCUUUGGAUAGUCAUCAUCUGUGUGAUAUCCCUUAUAAAAAAGUUAGAGGACCGAGCACAAGAUGAUCUUUGCUUUGAAAAGUCUUCUGUGAAGCCCUCGGUGAUCACACUGUGUGCCAUUAUUCCAGGGUUUUUCAUACCUUUAGUCAUCUUGAGUUAUUGCUCCAUACAAGUCAUUGCAGAACUCAGGAGAAAGAAGAAUGAAAACUGUCACAACGAAAAGUCAGUCAGGAAGGCUGUCUACAUUGUGUCUGCAAACAUGGCUGUGUUUAUUGUAUGUUUUUUACCUCUUUACCUCGGACAUCUUCUUCGCUUUAUAGUGGACUCCAUCAGCUCCAACUGCUCUGCAAUACAGAACAUUAACAAUUUUGUUCACUUCGCCUCAGUCCUCGCAAACACGAACUGCUGCCUGGAUGCUAUUUGUUACUACUUUGUCAACAAGGAAUUUAAGGAAGCAUCUUCCAAGCUAGCAAAGUCCAAAUCUGAAGCCAAUGAAGAAGCUGAAAUUCAGCUCACAGGGCCAAGAGCUGGACUCGGUGAUUCUCAUGGGUCCCUUCCAACUCCAACUAUUCUGUGA